AUGGAUAAAACUCAAAUUAUAAUCUUUGCGAAAAACGUUCUUGAUGCGAUUCCAGGAACCCUCAAUAAUAGCGUCCAGGUUCCGAAAUUGGACCCAUGUCAGUUAUGUGGACAAGCAUUUAUUCCACACCCCGCAAGUGGAAUCAAAGAAUUUACCUUGGCCAGUUGUGGGCAUAUCUAUCAUCAAAAUGAGACAGGAACACAAGAUCUAAUGGAGAUAUCACCACAAUUAUCCACGAUAGCUGGGCAGAAGGACCUUCCUAGCUUUAUGACUGGAGGUGAACGAUAUCCUCAAUUAUUCGAAAGUGACCCCUUGCAGAGCGACGCUAAUAAUAAAGCGCAAGAAAUAGAUACUGCCCGCACAAUAGAUGAGAAUGCUUCACCGCUCAAGCCAACUACUGAAAUAUGCUCCAAGUGCUCCGAAUCCAUCUCUCCAAAACUUUUAAAGCCAGUUAUAUUAUUAACAUGUAAACACGUUAUUCAUUUCGAGUGUAUUGGCAACAAACGAAACUUAUGUCCUAAAUGCCCAUCGGCGGAUGAUCUGGAAAAAGAAGGAUAUUAUAUCUCACCUGGCAUCUCACUUAACGAAUCUCCCAAAAAGAAAAGAAAGAAAGAGGAAGAUAACGUUCAUGAAAAUAAGCUUAAAAAGAUCUCAAAAACGCAAGUCAUGAUUCGAGAGUUAUCAGUCAUACCAAUUUCCGAUGAACCGUCGAUCACCGCUCCUUCUGAAGAUUCCAACAUAGAAGAUAUAUCCAAUAAAUUCUACCGCUUAUAUUAUGAACUCUAUCAGAACGGCUCAUUAAGUUAUUAA